AUGUGUCCAAUUAUGUUACAGUUAGUAAAUGACGGCCAUGCUAAAUGUGUAGAUUCUUACGGAGAUCAGAAGUUAUUGAGAUUUGGUGCCUGUCAUCAUAAGGGUUAUAAUCAGUUUUGGCAACUGACAAAUAAAGGUCAAAUUCGGCAGUCAGCUAAGACGUUUUUAUGUGUCAAUGUCGAUAAACCGAGGGUAGCUAUUAGAUGUACGGGUAACCCGGAAUGGGUGUACCAAGAGGAUCGAACAUUAAUGAACCCUUCUACUGGUUUGUGCCUGCAGCCCAGUUUGAAGAAAAACAACGAUCAUUUUAUUAUGGCGGAAUGUCGGGGCACACAAUGGCAAAAAUGGCGAUUUCAUCUCAAAGAACUUCCAGACUUCGUGAAGUAAUUAUAGUGCAGGAAUAUUACAUAUCAUUCUCUAAUAACCAAGAAUACCCCAUGCCCAAAAUCAUUCAUUCAUUAACGUCAAAUUGCUCAUUGCUCGACGAGAUACACAGGUGUCGCUUUCGAGGCAGGAACACCUGAUGCCAUUCUUUCAACUGGGUUAAUCAACUCAGAGAUGGGACAUUAAAGGAACGUCAUCAACACAGUGUGCUUCCGCAUAGAUCGUAAAAAGAUUCUCAAUUUGAAGCAAAAUGUUAAUUUUUAAAAAAAUGCUUAAUUUUAUUAGUCCGUAGACGAGAGCAGUGUAUUUUAUUUACAGGGAAAAUAAAUAGUAAUUGAUAUAGUAUUAGUCGGACCUACGUUGUGUUGAUUACUACUUAAACUACCUCUAAUAACGUUAUGCUUUGAAUCCCUCUGGAUCUGCACAAAUAACUGUGCUCGACUAAGAAUAUAAUAAAUAUUAAAUAUAUUAUAAAUGUAGGUAGCUUAAUAAACGUUAUUACUUA